UUACCCUUUGACCCUGCUACCUAUCUCCUCCCUUUCUUCUUUAUUGCCCUCAUUAUCUUCCUUUUCCUGCACUCCAAUCACUUUUUUCAUGUUUCCUUCAGUAAAGGUGAGGAAACUGCCAGCUGCGUUUGCACCUUUCAUUAGGUGAUUGGAACUGCAUCCUUCCUGAUUAUGCUAAAAAUUUUUUGAAAAUGAGGACAUCUGCCUGAUAGAUGCCUGAAAGAAAAAGUUAUUUUUAUUUUUGGAGUAGUUUCUGAUUAAAUUUCCUGGAGUGAGAAGAGAAGCCAGCUGGUUUCACCCAGGAGUGGAUCUUCGGUUUGGGUUCCCAUGGCUUCCUGGCGAGUGUGUGACCUCAGAACACUGGUGGCCGUUGUGUGUGGGCUGCUGACCACCAUCGUUUUGGGACUGGGCAUCUGGAGGGCUGUGGUCCGGAUCCAGAGAGGAACAUAUGCACCCCCAGCAAGCAUCCCUACAGGGUUCUGCAGAAAUGGUGGAACCUGGGCAAAUGGCAGAUGCAUUUGUCCAGAAGAAUGGAAAGGAUUGAGGUGUACAAUUGCUAAUUUUUGUGAAAACAGUACUUGUGACAGUUUUACUUUUGGCCGAAUUCCAGUGGGAAGUUAUGGCUCUUCCUUUGAAACAUGUGAAAAGGACACUCUAAAUGCGGGCCAUCCAAGAGCAACCCGGAUGUGCAGUCUUACUGAAGAUGGAGAAAUAAAAUUAAAAAAACCAGAAAUAGGAAAUUGCAAUUUAAAUCUGGAAAUUCUGGAAAAGCAGGUAAAUAGUGCCACAACAAAUAUUUCAACAAUUUCUAAGGAAGCCCAGAUUUUAACAGCUAAUGUGGGUAUGUUAACUCCUGGGAACAUCACUUCUGCUACAAAAGUGGUUGGACAGAUCUUCAACACAUCCAGAGAGGCUUCAGCUGAGGCAAAAGUAAUUGCUGUAUCAACAGUGAGUCAACUUCUAGCUGCUAGUGAAGAUGUUUUUCAAGAAGCUGCUUCUGAGGAUGACAACACCUUUGCAACGCUUGUUCAGGAAAUGGAAGCUUAUUCCUUGUCUCUGGGCAAUAAUUCAGUGGUGAGCCCUAAUGUAGCGCUGCAGGGUGUUGUUUUGUCUUCAGGAAACAGUACAGGGUCUACAGGUGUUCGCUUUACUGUGCUGAAAGGAUCUAGCAGUUCUCUUGUUUCUGGCUCCACACAUGUUGAUACAAAUGUGAACAGCAUUAGUACCGACGCAAUGACCGAACUUCAGAUCUGGCUCCAACCCUUGAAAAAUAAUACCAACUCAUGUAGCUUUAUAGUAUAUCAAAACGACAAGCUCUUCCAAUCAAAAACUUUUAAAACUAAAUUAAAUUUUACUCAAAAAGUUAUCUCAGGCAAAACUGAUGGGAAGGGGGAUGAUCAGAGCGCUUCUGUUGAAAUGGCCUUCCGACCACAGCAUAACCCAAAAGAAUUCAAACUCCACUCCUAUGCCUGUGUCUUUUGGAAUUUUUCAAAGAAGGAUUGGGACACAAACGGCUGUCACAAAGACAGGGGAGCUGGUGACUUCGUGCGCUGCCGCUGCAACCACACCACUAACUUUGCUGUUCUAAUGAGUUUCAAAAAGAACUAUAAAUAUCCUGAAUCACUAGACGUAUUGUCCACCGUUGGAUGUGCGCUGUCCAUUUCCGGUCUGGCUCUCACGAUUAUAUUUCAGAUUGUCACCAGGAGAGUCAGAAAAACCUCAGUAACCUGGGUGUUGGUCAGUCUGUGCACAUCAAUGUUGAUUUUCAACCUCCUUUUUGUGUUUGGAAUUGAGAACUCCAACAAGAAAUUAAGUGCAAAUGACGCCCAAGAUACUGAUUCUAAUAGUAAUGAAAAGCCCAAAGCAGAAACUGUGGACCCUGUGAACCCCACAUGCACGGCGGUGGCCGCCUUGCUGCACUACUUUCUGCUGGUGACGUUUACCUGGAGUGGCCUCAGCGCCGCGCAGCUCUAUUACCUUCUGAUCAGGACCAUGAAGCCCCUUCCUCAGCGUUUCAUUCUUUUCAUCUCCUUAAUUGGAUGGGGAGUCCCGGCUAUUGUGGUGGCGGUGACAGUGGGAAUCAUUUUUUCUCAGAAUUCGGCCUCAGAGUGGCAAUUAAAAUACCGGCAAGAAGCAAUUUGCUGGCUGGCAGUUUUGGAUGACAAUGAUUUUAUAAGAAGUCCAUUGUUGUGGUCACUCAUUCUACCUGUGACCAUUAUCCUCAUCAUCAAUGUUGUUAUAUUUAUUGUCAUUACAGUCAAAGUGCUGUGGAAGAAUAACCAGAAUCUGACAAGCACAAAAAAGUUUUCAUCACUAAAGAAGAUUCUUAGUACAUUAUCUAUUGCAGUCGUUUUUGGAGUCACCUGGAUUCUGGCAUUCUUUAUGCUCACUGAUAAUGAAGACAUCAGGAUCAUCUUCAGCUACAUAUUCUGCCUUUUGAACACUACACAGGGAUUGCAAAUUUUUAUCUUCUACACUGUCAGAACACCCAUCUUCCAGAAUGAAGCUUCCAAAGUGUUGAGGUCGCUGUCGUCAUCUGCUGGGAGAGUGAAGAUGAUGUCAUCAGCACCCUCAAUGAGGCUGCGUGUGAGGAUGUAUAACAUGCUCAAGGCAUGGCCCACCCUAAAUGAACACUUCAGGCUGCUGGAUCCAUCUGUGGUUACGGAGGAAACGACACUCUCUGAGAGUGACCAAACACAAGUGCCUACACAGUAAAACUGUUGCCUUCUGUGGUCCUUUUUAUUCAGCUUGUGUGAGUUUUGCUUUUUCUAUUUCCUUCCAUUAGUAGCCAGUCCUUCCAGAAUGUCACCCUCAAUAUAUUUUGCUUAAGAUUAAAAAUCAGGUAAAACCUGUUGUUUAUUAUCAUCAGGGAUAAUGGAUCUGGUAGUUUUUCUAUUAUUCAACAGAUUUCUUGCUCAAAUGAGCUAAAGAAUUCCACCAAGCCCACAGAGAGGUAGAAUUCUAAGUUUUUAGAUGUUUUAUCACUAUGUUGUACACCUGAACCUAAUACAUUAAAUUUCAAGAAAAAGGGGGGCCACAAGUGUAUACAAGUGUCAUCAUCUUCUCAAAAAGAGUUCAGUUGUUUGGGUAGACCACAUUUCACUUAUGCACUCACCCAUUUAUGGGCAUUCGGCCAUUCCCCAGUUUUGAAAACUAUGAAUAAAACUGAUAUAAACAUUAUUAUACUA